ACCGCCAGGGGCCGCUGUUUCCCGAACGGAGCUGCUGUAAUGAAAUGUAACGUGAUUCCCCUGUUUGUCUCUGUAGACCUGCCCCAAAGGCCUGCAGCUACUUGUAAACAGGCAUCUGCUCCUGAAAUGUUCCUGCAGCGGUGUCCCGGGUGCGGACCGGGACUUUUAAUACAGUAAAGACCCAGUGAAAGCUGAGAGGAGCCGCGUCUGGCCUGUUUUGUUACAGUUACGUCGCUUUCGGCAUGCCUCUCCACAGCAUUUGGCCUUUGUGUAGGAUGUUUUGUCAGGACUGAAGAGAAGUCAGCAUGAUGGGCAACGAGGACAGCCUUGAGGAUGUCUUUGUUGCUGUUAUCCGCCCAAAGAGUCAAGUCAGCCUGAGCUCAAAGGAGUACAGAGCCAAAGCCUUUGAGAUCCUGUUGAUAGAGGUGCCUUUAGAAGGGAAGGAGAAGAAAAGAAAGAAGGUCCUCCUGGUGACAAAAAUUAAAGCAGGAGGAGACAAAUCCAAAUCCAUAUUGGAUUAUGUUGAUGAAACAAUCAGGCCGAUAUCCAAUAAUCAAGGCUUCAUAGGUGAAGGUUUAGAAACCACUGUUUUGGUUUGCGUGCCAGUCAGUGUUAAAGACAAUAGCAAGCCUGUCUAUAGUGCUGGGAGCCCCAGCUUCUACUGCUUCCAGGACAUCAUGCGGGUGUGCAGUGAGACAAGCACUCACUUCUGUUCCAUCACCUCCAAGAUGCUUCUGGCCUUAGACAAAUGGUUAGCGGAGCAACACACAGUGCCUCAUGCCGUCCCUGCUUUGUUCCGGCCAGCACCCGUAGAGCGGGUCAAGACCAAUGUCAGCAACCCGGCCUACGGCAGCGAGGGCAAACUCAGUGACGAGGGUCUGCACAUGGGCUACACUGCCCUGGAGAUCAAGAGCAAGAUGAUGUCUCUGGAGAAGGCAGACAUGUGCAUCCUCAACCCACUCUAUGGCUCUGAUCUGCAGUACACCAACCGGGUGGACAAAGUUAUCAUCAACCCAUACUUUGGGCUUGGAGCACCAGACUACUCCAAGAUCCAGAUCCCCAAGAGGGAAAAGUGGCAGCAUGGCCCCAAUUGUGUGGCAGAAGACAAGGACCGUCAGUGGGUGGAUGACUUCCCCCUCCACCGCAGUGCCUGUGAAGGAGACACGGAGCUGCUUUCUAAGCUCCUGGACAGUGGUUUCUCAGUCAAGCAGCUGGACAGUGACCACUGGGCUCCCAUUCACUAUGCCUGCUGGCACGGUAAAGUUGAGGCGACCAAGCUGUUGCUAGAGAAAGGUAACUGUAAUCCAAACUUACUGAACGGCCAGCUCAGCUCCCCUCUGCACUUUGCAGCAAGAGGAGGCCAUGCAGAGAUAGUGCAGCUCCUGCUGCAGCACCCUGAGAUUGACCGGCACAUAGAUGACCAGCAGAAGAGAUCGCCUCUGCAAGUGUGCGAGGAGAACAAACAGAAUGAAUGGGAGGAGACAGUGAAGCUUCUGCAGCAAGCAAGCAGCAAACCUUAUGAGAAGGUGCGUAUCUACCGCAUGGACGGCUCGUAUCGCUCUGUGGAGCUGAAGCACGGCAACAACACGACAGUGCAGCAGAUCAUGGAGGGCAUGCGUCUUUCUCAGGACACCCAACAGUACUUUACCAUCUGGAUCUGUUCUGAGAACCUCCACCUGCAGCUGAAGCCAUACCACAAACCCCUGCAGCACCUGCGGAUCUGGACAGAGAUCGUGACGGACCUGACGGUGCUGGAUCCUCAAAGGGAAACACCUCAGCUCUUUCUUCGGAGAGACGUCCGGUUGCCUCUUGAAAUCGAGAAAAAGGUGGAGGAUCCGCUGGCCAUCCUCAUCCUGUUUGACGAGGCACGCCACUGCCUCCUCAAGGGCUUCUUUCCUGCUCCAGACAGCAAGCUGAUCACAUUGGCCAGCCUCCUCCUGCAGAUCAUCUACGGCAACUAUGAGAGCAAGAAACAUAAGCAAGGCUUCCUCAAUGAGGAAAACCUAAGGUCAAUUGUGCCGAUUUCUAAGGUGAAAAGCAAAGCAUACCACUGGACCAACAGGAUUCUUCAUGAAUACAAAGCUCUGAGCACCAGCGAGGGAGUGAGCAAAGAGAUGCACCACCUGCAGCGACUCUUCCUGCAGAACUGCUGGGACAUCCCGACCUAUGGGGCAGCCUUCUUCACAGGCCAGGUCUAUACCAAGGCCAGCGCCAGCAACCACAAAGUAAUCCGUGUCUAUGUCGGGGUCAACACGAAGGGGCUGCACCUCAUGAAUAUGGAGACCAAGGUCCUUCUCAUCAGUUUAGAGUACGGCACAUUCAUGUGGCAGCUUGGACACGCUGACCAGUACUUCCAGAUACACAGCGGUGACAACAAAAUGAACUUCAUUGUCCACACAAAACAGGCUGGCCUUAUUGUGAAACUUUUAAUGAAGCUGAGUGGACAGAUGACUCCAAGCGAUAAAACUGUUACUGAAAAACAUGCUUAUGGCUGAAAAAGUGUUGAAGAAACCACAGCUGCCAAAGAUGCUGUGCAGGUUCUUCUUACUGACUCUAAUAUGACAGCAAUAACUGCGGAUAGGGAACAAAGUCCGCCUCCCUGCAGAUGCCUCACUUUGAACAGAAGGCUUAACCAGUAUUUUUCACAAGGUCAUAUAUUUUCAUUGCAUGUACUGUAAAUAUGUUUAUUAUUUAAUAU